GACGUCGCUAGGGGCGGAGCGCUCUCUUCCGGGUCGGAGGGGCCCGGGGCGGGCGGCGCUGCCAUGGCGCGGAUCGGGCUGGGGGACCUGGAGGCGCUGGGCGAGGAGCCUACAGCUGCCGGCGGGGAGGAUGACGACGAGGAGCGGGAGCGCGCUCGGUGGUUCGCCCACUGGGAGGCCGUAGCCAGCACGCACCGAGUGAGCUUGCCCCCAGACAUGGCCGGUCCGAUCCUGCAGAUGACCCGGCACAGACAGGCUCCCGAGCCCGUGCCCUGCGCCACCCUCUCGCAGCAGCUGAAGUGUGAGGAAGCAGCCUACGAGGAGCGGCAGUAUCCAGCUGGGAAGUGGGCAUGUGUCACCAAGGGGGAGCCCAUGUAUGAGCAGAGCAUCUCCAUGAGCUUCAUGAAGCUCAUGCGCUACAUCUGCAAGGACAACUCUGUAGGUUGCUAUCUGGGCAUGACAGUCCCAGUGCUCAACGAAAUCCACUUGACCAAGGAAGGGACUGGGCUGGAGCGUGAGGUCAUAACUGCCUAUUACCUUCCGGGACGGUUCCAGCAAAACCCUCCUGUUCCCACAGACCCUGAAAUCCACAUCACCGAGAGGUCACCACUCCGGGUUAUAACCAGGGUUUUCUACGGGAGGACCACUGAGGAGACAAUUCUGCGAGAGAUCAGUCUCUUCUGGGAGCUCUUGGGCUCCACAGACACUGUGCUCCAGGGAACAUACAUUGUGGCUGCUUAUGAAAACCCCAGUGUCCCUCGGCGCCGCAACGAGAUCUGGUUCAUCUGCCGAGCAGAGUGAAUCUCCGCUCUGACCACAAACCCUCCCCUACCUGGACCUGCUCCUCUGACCCGAAGAAGGCAAAUGCACAUCUUGACCUACCAUUAACCCACAGAAUGACAGACCAGGAGGCUGCGGGGGUGGGUUUGCACUCUGCCUUGCAAUGGCCCAGACAUGUGCUAGGCAUGCUUUUGGGCCUUGUGUUUGCAGAGUCAUGAGCUGGUGGUGGCUAGAAGGCAAAUGACUUGUGUACAAGGCAUGGAGCUCUGUCUGGCUUCUGAGAAAGCUUGCCUGUCCCAAAUGGAGCCACUGAAAUGCUGCUGCAGGAACAGUGGGGCUCAAAAAGGGGAAAGGGCUCACCACAAGCAAAAGGUAGAUCCUGAACAUUCCCUGCUAAGGUAGCUCUUUUUGGACUGCUGGGUGCCUCCCUGGCUGUCACCCACCCUCCCUCAGCCAGGAGUGGAGUGCUGGCAGCUUUUGUCCAUCAGUUGCGGGUGCUGUUUUGCAGACCUGCUGCAAGCUGAGAGUGAAAGGUCUUAGCAGCAGCACUGAUGGCACCGCUGUGUGUUGCAUUCCAAAUUGAUCAAUGAGCUUCACAUCCAUCUUCUUUCCUGGGGGAAGCUGGCAGUGCCAACAGUAAAUAAACCCAUGUUGAACCAC